AUGCUGCUCUUCGCGCUGGCAGCUGUUGUUGCUUGGGGCUCUGAGGUGCGUCCCGAGGCGCGCAUCAUCAAUGGCUCCAAGGUGGACAUAGCCCGCCAUCCGUAUUGCGUUUCGCUGCGCUUUCGGCGCAACAACGAAUCCGCUUACCUGCACGAAUGUGCGGGUGUCAUCUACUCGGAACGUGCGGUUCUGACCGCGGCUCAGUGUCUGAAUGAUCUGGCCGAGGGUACCAAGCUGUUGGUGCUUGCUGGCGCCAAUACCCGCAAUGGCAGCGAUGGAUUGGUUUACCCCGUCACCAGCUGGAGUUACCAUCCAAAUUUCACCACCAUCACUGCAGACUAUGACAUUGGCGUGCUCGUGCUGGAUACACCCUUUGAUCUUAACUACUAUGGCAUACGCAAAAUUGGAUUGCGUCCGGAACGCCCUGCCACUGGACGGAAUGCCACUGUGGUUGGCUGGGGCUAUCGUGAGGAAUGGGGUCCCUCUAGUUAUUAUCUGGAACAGGUGCAUGUGCCCAUCGUUAGCUCGGAACAGUGUAAUAGUAUCUAUGGUGCUGGUGAGGUUACCGAACGCAUGAUCUGCGCUGGUGAUGUGGCCCAAGGUGGUCGCGACGCCUGUCAAGGAGACACGGGCGGUCCAUUGAUCAUAGACGAACAGCUAGUGGGUCUUGUCUCCUGGGGUCGUGGCUGUGGCCGCCCUGGCUAUCCCACAGUUUAUACGUACGUUCCUAGCCUUAAAACGUGGAUCGAUGAAACUCUGGAGGCCGCCGGAGCGCUAUAAAUGUGCGCUGAUAGCCGCUAUCAAAAGUUGUUAAACACGCUAAUUAUGUGGCUUUCCAUUAC